CAUUUCUUUUAUACCCCCCGAAAAUCCCAUUUUGCCCUUUGCGGUAUAAAAAAAUUUUGUCAAGAGACUUCGGUUUUUACGAACCGCAGGCCAUGGACUUCGGUUUUUACGAACCGCAGGCCAUGGACUUCGGUUUAUAUAAACCACUCGCUGAAUUACUUCGGUUAAUGUUAACCGAAGUGUUUCUAUAUAUAAAUACUCUGCUGUCAGUUCUUAUUAUUCACAAAACGAGAAUUUGAAAAUCUUACGGAAAGAAGAUCAACUUUUGACGCAUUUGAGGCUUGAAAUCGAGAUUGAAGCAUCAUCUAAUGGAUUCAACACGCACCAAAGCACAAAACUCAGUUACGGAAGGCGAAAUUAACGAAGUUGUCGAAGUUAGGCGACCUGUUGUGCUUGGCCUUUUUGCAACGGGCAUUGUUCCAGCUGGUCAACCAAGAAGUCCUCCUAAUGUGCCGCAGCCGAUAGAAAUUGACACAUCGUCUCAUUUUGCGACUGAUAGGGAAGAGAACGACAGAGAUGAGUUGAUCAAAUGGGCUCGAAGCGUGUCGCAAAGUUUAAGGUUCGCAAUUAUAGUUAGGCGAUCCGAUUCGGGCGAGAAGAGAAAGGCUCAAUUGGUGUUAGAGUGUGAACGUAGUGGGAAGUAUGUUCCAGCCAAGAAGAAGUUGAAAUCCGAUACCUCCGGAACAAGAAAAUGCGAAUGUCCUUUCAUACUGUGCUGA